UCAAGUUAUUAACUUUGUUUAUAAUUUUUGACACUUCUUCCUAGCAUCCUUGACUACGCUUUGUAUUUUCUGGACAAAAUAACAUAUUUUGUUUUUAAUAAUUAAAUUUAUUAUGCAAGCAUGAAUCUUGAACUAUUGGAAUCGUUUGGCCAAAACUAUCCCGAGGAAUUCGAUGGUUCAUUGGAUUGUAUAUCCCUGGCUGUAACUUGUUGUUUCAAUAAAUACGGGACUCUCUUGGCGGUGGGUUGCAAUGAUGGCCGGAUUGUUAUUUGGGACUUUCUUACUCGAGGUAUAGCGAAGAUUAUAUCGGCUCAUGUUCAUCCGGUGUGCAGUUUGAGUUGGACUAGAAGCGGGCAAAAGCUUUUGUCGGCAUCUACGGACAACAAUGUUUGUAUCUGGGAUGUCCUAACAGGCGAAUGUGAACAAAAGUACAGAUUUCCUUCACCAAUUCUCAAAGUACAAUUCGAUCCCAGAAAUGAUAACCGUUUUCUAGUCUGUCCCAUGCGAUAUGCUGCUGUUUUGGUCAAAAUAAAUGAUACCCAUAUGUGUCUGCCGGUGGAUCAAGAUGGUGACCUAAACAUUGUUGCUUCCUUUGAUCGACGAGGAAAAUACAUUUACACUGGAAAUGCCAAGGGAAAGAUCAUAGUUCUAGAUGUUGACACUCUAGACAUUGUGGCCAGUUUCCGAAUCAUAGUAGGAACUUCGAGUGCUACUGCCGUGAAGAGUAUUGAAUUCGCCAGACGGGGAGAUGCCUUUCUUAUCAACACCUCCGAUCGUGUGAUAAGAGUUUAUGAUUCCAGAGAGAUAAUCAAUCAGGGAAGAGAUGGAGAACCCGAACCAAUUCAAAAACUUCAAGAUCUAGUUAACAAAACAACCUGGAAGAAGUGUUGUUUCUCGGGAGAUGGGGAAUAUAUCUGCGCCGGAAGUGCACGACAGCAUGCUCUGUACAUUUGGGAGAAAUCCAUUGGUAAUCUGGUGAAAAUUCUCCACGGCACCAAAGGUGAACUUCUGCUAGAUGUUGUCUGGCAUCCAGUGCGACCAAUCAUCGCCAGUAUCAGUUCGGGUUUGGUAUCAAUCUGGGCACAGAAUCAAGUGGAAAAUUGGUCAGCCUUCGCUCCAGACUUCAAAGAACUCGACGAAAAUGUUGAGUACGAAGAACGAGAAUCUGAGUUUGAUAUCACAGACGAGGACAAAUCAGUUGAUCUGAGUGCCGAGGCAAAACAAGACGAAGAAACCGAGGUUGAUGUUUGCAAAAUCGAACCGGUUGCUGCAUUUUGUAGUUCUGAUGAAGAAUUCGACGAUGAAAAUAUUUUGCAAUUUCUUCCAAUGGCACCGGAAGUUGAAGAUCCCGAAGACGGCUGGGCGGCUCAGGAGAGUUGUGAUCCGAAUAUUUCAUUAGAAAGUGAAGCCAUGGAUGUUGACGAUGAUGGCCCAGUCAAGAAACGGAAAUUGAUUACCUUUGAUAUAAGUUUACCCGAUGCGCCAGUGGAUGAAGCUCAUCCAUUGAUUGCGAGUAAAACUAAUAAAGACAAACAAUCUGGUGGUGGAAAGAAAAGUGCAGGCAGACCCAAAAAGUAGAACGUUUUAUUUUCCAAUUUUUUAAAUAAAAAAUAUUCAUUACGAAA